GGUUCGUUCAGUGACCCUGAUCAAGCGUUUACAGAAACCGCCGCGGCGGGACAUUCGUAAUCUUUUCAGCCUCUCGAAAGAGUGCAGUUAUUUUUCAUAAUUAUUAGAAAUAUUGUGAAACAGAAGGUUAACGUAAUGGAGUGUUUGAAUGUUCCAAGAAUCCUGCCAAAUUCCCCACGGAAAGCAAUAGGACAGAUCCAGGUCAUCUUUGGCCCAAUGUUCUCAGGCAAAAGCACUGAGUUGAUAAGGCGAGUGCGUCGUUUCCAGGUCGCUCGGUACAACUGUUUGGUGGUCAAAUAUGCCAAAGAUACACGCUACUCUGAGAAGGGCAUGGCCACGCACGACAAAAACACAAUGGAAGCUGUACCAGCCAACUGCCUGAGUGACCUGCGUUCUCUAGCUCUGCAGGCCUGCGUCAUCGGAAUCGACGAAGGACAGUUUUUCCCAGACAUAGUGCAGUUCUGUGAGGAGAUGGCCAACAUGGGGAAGACUAUAAUCGUAGCGGCCCUGGACGGAACCUUCCAGAGAAAGCCCUUUGGAGACAUCCUGAACCUGGUUCCCCUGGCUGAGAGCGUUGUGAAGCUGAACGCUGUCUGUAUGCAGUGUUACAAGGAGGCAGCAUACACCAAGAGACUGGGGGCAGAGAAAGAGUUGGAGGUGAUUGGUGGAGCCGAUAUGUACCAUGCGCGGUGCAGGAAGUGUUACGGUGGCCUGAUGGAUGUGUUGAAGGAGAAUAGCGCCCCCCACAGGGACGAGACGCCACCGCAUGUGAUGACAGGGAAACUGCUUGACAACACUACAUCGCCACGGAAACUCUUUGCCACCCUACAACUCUGAUCAUUACCAGUAGACUAUUCUUAAAGGGAUAGUUCACUCACAUGACUUUAAAGGGGAAGUUGACUUGGAUUGGAACUGAAUGAGAUGGUGAACAAUCCCUUUUAAUUUUAGGUUUGGUAAUUUGACUGGUGAUGGGUUAAAAGCGAUAGUUGACUUCAUUUUCUAAUUGGAGUAAUGAACUAUCCCUUUUAAGUUUUGCACUUGGAAUGAGCUUGGACAAUAAAUGAAGCUCCAUCAACCCGCUGAA